GAGGCUGCCUGACUGGAAUCGGGGGAGCUGCAGCAACGGCGGCUGCGGGAGCAGGGCCGGCCAUGGCGGUGUGGACGCGGGCCACCAAAGCGGGGCUGGUGGAGCUGCUUCUAAGGGAGCGCUGGGUGCGGGUGGUGGCCGAGCUCAGUGGCGAGAGCCUGAGCCUGACGGGCGACGCCGCCGCAGUCGAGCCUGAGCCGCCGGCGGCCGCCUUCAACGGUCUUCCGAACGGCGGCGGCGGCGAGUCUCUGCCCGGGAGCCCGAACCGUGGCCUGGGGCCGCCCAGCCCUCCCGCGCCGCCCCGCGGUCCCGCGGGGGAAGCGAGCGCCUCGCCGCCCGUGCGCCGAGUGCGAGUGGUGAAGCAAGAGGCGGGCGGCCUGGGCAUCAGCAUCAAGGGCGGCCGCGAGAACCGGAUGCCGAUCCUCAUCUCCAAGAUCUUCCCGGGGCUGGCGGCCGACCAGAGCCGGGCGCUGCGGCUGGGCGACGCCAUCCUGUCGGUGAACGGCACCGACCUGCGCCAGGCCACCCACGACCAGGCCGUGCAGGCGCUGAAGCGCGCGGGCAAGGAGGUGCUGCUGGAGGUCAAAUUCAUCCGAGAAGUAACACCAUAUAUCAAGAAACCAUCUUUAGUAUCAGAUCUGCCAUGGGAAGGUGCCUCUCCCCAGUCUCCAAGCUUUAGUGGCAGUGAAGACUCUGGCUCUCCAAAGCAUCAGAACACCACCAAGGACAGGAAGGUCAUCCCUCUCAAAAUGUGCUUUGCUGCUCGAAACCUGAGCAUGCCAGAUCUGGAGAACAGAUUGAUAGAGCUACAUUCUCCUGAUAGCAGGAACACCUUGAUCUUACGCUGCAAGGAUACGGCCACAGCACACUCCUGGUUCGUAGCUAUCCACACCAACAUAAUGGCUCUCCUCCCACAGGUACUGGCUGAGCUCAAUGCCAUGCUUGGUGCAACCAGUACAGCGGGAGGCAGCAAGGAAGUCAAGCAUAUUGCCUGGCUGGCAGAGCAGGCAAAGCUGGAUGGUGGACGACAGCAGUGGAGGCCUGUUCUCAUGGCUGUGACUGAGAAGGACUUGCUACUUUAUGACUGCAUGCCUUGGACAAGAGAUGCCUGGGCAUCACCGUGUCAUAGCUACCCUCUUGUUGCCACAAGGUUGGUUCAUUCAGGUUCUGGAUGUCGGUCACCCUCCCUUGGAUCUGACCUGACCUUUGCUACCAGGACAGGCUCUCGGCAGGGCAUUGAGAUGCAUCUCUUCAGGGUUGAAACUCAUCGGGAUUUGUCGACCUGGACCAGAAUACUUGUUCAGGGCUGCCAUGCUGCUGCUGAGCUGAUCAAGGAAGUCUCCCUAGGCUGCACCUUAAGUGGCCAAGAGGUAAGGUUCACUGUCCACUAUGAACACGGGUUCACUAUCACCAGAGACAAUGGAGGCGCCAGCAGCAUAUUGUACCGCUAUCCCUUUGAACGGCUGAAGAUGUCUGCUGAUGAUGGAAUCAGAAAUCUCUAUUUGGAUUUUGGUGGCCCUGAGGGAGAACUGACUAUGGACCUGCAUUCUUGUCCAAAGCCGAUUGUAUUUGUAUUGCACACGUUCUUAUCCGCCAAAGUCACUCGCAUGGGACUGCUUGUGUGAGCAGCAAGAGUGAAGAAAGAGCUUUGACUGUCACAAGAAGUAUUUCCACCUCAAAAGAUGAAAAGAAAGAAAAAGCAACAACAAAGAAGCACAAACAGAAGCCCUUGCUCCUGCCUCCAUCACAGUGCCUUCCUGAGGACCUGCAGACCACUGCUGGACCACAACAGGGUUUUAGGAAGGGCCGACCUUUCCCACACAGCCUUGGUCAGAAAUUCUAGAACUGUUAUAAGCUCCAAAUGAAAGCUAUUGAUUUACCGUCUUAUUUCAUAAUGUGAUCUCAAGUAAUCAGGUUUCUUUUCCCUGUUAUGAAGUCUGGCACUUUGGGUUUCUCUUUGGACAUAAACAGAUAGCCAAAAGGGGCUCUUCUUUUCUUUGUGUAGGAAUCAUUUGGGUAUAGCCUUGAGCUCUUCCUGGGAUGACUGUCGCUCUCCGGUGCUAGUGUGCAGCUGCCGUCCCUCAGGCACAUCCCACACAGGUCCUUGCACCACAGUGACCCCGCCCUGUCCCACCCUCCCCACCUCUAUCUGGCACCAGCUCUGCCACCCAUAAGUGCUGCCUUUAGGACUCAGAACUUGCACAGUCUGGUUGCCUUUGCCUUCACUCCCCUUUUUUGUGGUGUCCAAGUUGAAAAGCAAGUUGGAAAUGCUGCCCGGAAAGAGGAGUGUUGCUUUCUUUAGUUUAUAUUGAGUUUAUAUUUGGUAGGAGCCAGGGGAUGGUCUACAGUUUAUUUUGAAAGAUCCUCAUCUUACGCUAAGCCAUUUCUUAUUGCUUACCAAAUGUGCCUUUGGGUAGGGUCAGUGGAGCUUUAUUAGUGACUGUGGGAUGACCGGGUCUCACUGCUGUUCCUGGGAUCCCAGCUGGCUUUCAGGAGUUGUCCUUGAGGUCAGUUCCUUAGUGGCAUCUUUUGGUGGUGGUUUUGUGGGUCACGUUAGCUUUGUAGCACAGAUGCCGUUUUGAGUGACACAGAGCACGGGGGCUAGGAGAGGUCCUGGCACUGGUCUUUUGUGGCCCCAAAGUAGUAAGGACAAGUCGCCUCCAGCUCAAGGUUAACGUUGGUUUCCUAGCGCCCCCUGGGUGGCUGGGACGAUGAGAGCGAGACCAUGGUAGUCACCUGCAUUUUGUUCAGCACGGCCACAUGUUGUCAUGACUCAGGGUAAGUGUGACCUGGAAGACCAUCCUGUUUGUUUCUCCUGAAACACUCUACAUAAAACCUCAAGAUUAGCACAGCUCCCGAAUCUGAACAAAAAGGAAAUAUUAAUAUCUGAUAUCUUCUAGAGGUUUUCUAACCUCUCUGAAAACAUGUCUAGAAACAGCUCUCAUGUUCUAGAUUUCUCUGGAGUGCUACACAGGGAUAUGGCUCUUCAAAUGGGGUAGAGGGUGAAAGGGAAGAAAACAUAAGUAUUUGUGCAGAGCCUGAGCUGCCUUGAUUGGCAGGGUAGCCAGAGGAAAGAGCAGACGCCAAGCAGAGGUGUCACCCUGCUGUCCUCCGCUGUCAGUGAGUCAGGCCUCCUGCUCUGCAGUCAGACUAACAGUACCCAGAGGCUGGGGAGAAAGUCUUAACCCUGAGAUAGGUUCCAUCCCUGAUACAUCUUCAACUCAAAAGAAAAAGAAGAAAUGUCCCAGCUCUGAGUGCAGAAAGCAGAGCUAUAGCAGUAAGAGAGCUCUGGCUCCUGCCCCACUGAGCUGCGGGUGUGAAAGGCGGAGACACCAGGGAGACUGACAGGAGCCUCUGCCCCCUGUUCCUUAGAAGAGCUGUAAGUGGGUAAGCUGUGCUCUUCUUCUGGCUGAGGCCUGUGGCCCACAGGGUUUUUAAUACUGUCAUUUGAGGCUUAUAAAAUGAAGGCUUAUGGGUGAUUUUGUUGUCAUUAGGAGCACCAAGAGCAAGGUCCUAAGCUGCUUGUUCCAGAAGCUGUAGCAGCCCCAACCCCCGCAGGUGGUCAGUUAGGAAUUUUAAACCACAAGUGGAAUGCUUUUUGUGAGUGUGGGACACCUUGAUACAAACCUAUAUUAUCAAUUUUGUACUCAAAAGCCAAAAUAUAGCAAACUAUUUUCAAAUGAUAACUAAAAAUGGGCAUCUUUGAUAAUUCACCUCUUUUUAUAGAAUCAGCUAUAUUGUCUUUAAUUUUUCAUCUUGAACAUUAUUGGGGAUGUUGUGGGCUCCUGGGUGUGAGUGGGCAGGAAACUGUGGAGCGCCUCCUGUUGGAUGGGCCACUUCCUAGGCAUCUGUGCAUUCCACACAGUCCCAGGUCAUCCUGCAGAUGAGAGCUCUCCUCCCCAUAAGAAAGAGGACUAAAGGAAGCUCAUGUUACCAACAAGCCUUGCCUAGAAAUUGGUAUCAAAUAUUUUAUAUAAAGAAAUGCUUGUGUGUAUAUGCCAUAUUUAUUAAUAAUUGUAACUAAAGUCACUGACCUAUAGACAGUACCAGGUUAAAUAUUGGGAUAUGUAUGGGCAAUCAGAAAUGUUACUUUAAAUGCCAUCUGCCUAUUUUGAGGCCAUGUUUGGCACUUUUUAGACUAGGGUAAGUCUGAUAAUACCUGGUGGGGUUUUGUCUUUUUUUUUUUUUUUUGUCUGAACUCUCAAAGUUUGUUACUGGAAAUUAUUUGCAUGGUAGGAGAGAUUGAAUUAUUUAUUUUUUAUAUGUAGAAAAAUCUCUCUAACCAACAAAUAGCUCAUUGUUACUGAUUUGUUUGUUUUCCUAACUUAUUCUCCUGGACAGAACGGUAGCAAAGUUUUGUUCAGCUGAAUAAAUGCACUCAGCUAAUAAACCAAAAUUUAUUCUUUCAAAAUAAGAAAUUAUCUGUUAUCACCAAAAAAUAAAAUUAAAAUAAACAAAUUAAGCUAUGUGGAA